CUACCUCUUUCUCUACCUCUCUCUGUCUCUCUUUCUCUCGCUUCGCUCGGGUACUGGAGAUAAGGAAAGUGAAGACCAGCAUUUGAUCCACCCUCACCAUGAGUUUUUCCGAGUACUCCAGCAGUUCCUAUCGGAAGAUAUUUGGAGAUGCCCCUCGCCACUCCGGUCGCGUCUCCGUCGGCAGCAGCCCUUCUCGCGUGUCCUCUGGGUACCGCUCUGGAGCUCACCGCACCUAUGGCUCUCCAUCAUCCAUGCUGUCCUCCAGCUACCGUAACAAACUCGGCUCCGGCCGCAGCGGUUAUCCAUCAAUGUCGGAGUCCAUGGAUCUGACGCAGUCCACAGCCGUCACCAACGAGCUAAAAAUCAUCCGCACCAACGAGAAAGAGCAGCUGCAAGGUCUGAACGACCGCUUCGUGACAUUCAUCGAGAAAGUCCAUAAUCUUGAGCAGCAAAAUAAGGUCCUGGAGGCUGAGGUGACUCUUCUCCGCCAGCGCCACAACGAGCCAUCCCGCCUCCAUGACCUGUACGAGCAGGAGAUCCGCGAACUCCGGGCACGAGUGGAAGAGCUGACCCACGAGAAGAGCCAAAUGCACCUCGACUGCGUGCAGAUGAACGAAGCGCUGGACCGGGUGAAGGAGAAAUUGGAUGAGGAGACGAAGCUCCGGGAAGAAGCCGAGAGCACCCUGAAAACGUACCGCAAGGACGUGGACGACGCCACCCUGUCCCGAUUGGAACUGGAGAAGAAAGUUGAGUCCCUGCUGGACGAGAUUGCUUUCCUCAGGAAAGUCCACGAGGAGGAGCUGCAGGAGUUGCAGGCGUCUCUGCAGGCUACACAGGUGUCUGUUGAGAUGGACAUGAGCAAACCAGACCUGGCCGUGGCUCUGAAGGACAUCCGUGCCCAGUACGAGCACCUGUCAGCCAAGAACCAGAACCAGGCCGAGGAGUGGUACCGCUCCAAGAUCGCUAGCGUGAGCGAGGCGGCUGCCCGCAACAGCGAUGCCAUGAAGCACACCAAGGAUGAGCUGAGUGAGUACCGCAGGCAGGUGCAGGCCCGCACCCUGGAGAUCGAUGCCCUCCGGGGACACAACGAGGCCCUGGAGAGGCAGCUGGCCGACAUGGAGGACCGCCAUGGCAACGAGAUCGGAGAGAUGCAGGAGACUAUCCAGCAGCUGGAGGGCGCCCUGCGCAGCACCAAGGGAGAGAUGUCCCGCCACCUGCGUGAGUACCAGGACCUGCUCAACGUCAAGAUGGCCCUGGACAUCGAGAUUGCUGCUUACAGGAAGCUACUGGAGGGUGAGGAGUGCCGCCUGAGCACCGUGGGUGGGGCAAUGCUGCAGUCCGGCUACUCCGGCAUGUCCUACACCUCCCGUAGCUACGCCCUGAGCUCUUCUGCCCCCUACAGGAGGCGUGGCGCGAAGCCCGAGGACGAGGAAGAAGAGGCAGAGGACAAGGAGGAGGAGGAAGAGGAGGGAGAGGGAGAAGGAGAGGGAGAGGAGGAGGGAGAUGAGGAAGAUAAGGGAGAGGAGGGAGACGAUCAGGAAGAGGGAGAGGAUGAGGAGGGAGGUGAUGAUGAUGAAGAGGGAGAGGAUGAGCAGGAGGAUGAGAAAGAGAAGCAGAAGGAGAAGGAGACGGAGAAGAAGAAGGGAGGACCAGCCAGCAAGAGCAGCAAGUAAAACUGCUCCUCAUGAUGUGACACCCUGUCCCUCUCCACCGUCACACUCGCUCACUCAUACGCUCACUUGUACACUCACUCAGUCAUACACUCAUCCCAAUCAUAUGGUGCACUCUCUCUGACCAAGCUCAUGAGAAAAUCCUUCUCUGUCACAUGGACACACACACACACACACACACACACACACACACACACAAACACACACACACACACACACACACACACACACACACACACACACACACACACACACACACACACACACAGAGACAUGCAUGCAUACAGAGCACUCACAAACACAAAACAGUCUUUUGUCUCACGUUUCUGGUUUUGCUUUUCGAAUGGAGAUGGCCUUGUAAACACAAGCUGAAAACUAGUCUUAGAAAGGGGCACUUCUCUAUCUCCUUUGUGGUACAAGAGAGGAAACUACAGCAAGCUUCUUGAGCAGGUAUGGAAAGUGAUGUCCUGCCUAUGUAGCACAUAGAGGAUAGUACAGGGACCACAAAGAGACCUUUGAAUGUUCAAAUGGCUAGGAACAGAAUGCCUUAAACAGAUCACUUACGAAUGAGGAGGUAUUGAGGCACCAGUGUGCCCAGAGAUACCCAUUUACAAUGUGCCAUUAUUGCCAAUAUAGCAGUGUGGAUCAAACAACACUUGAAGGUGGUUGUGGGGUUUUCAUUUGGUAGCCUAUACGGCUGACCAUACGUGCAGAGAUCUGGUGCAAGAGGACCGAAUUUAAUGGUCCCAACUCUUAGGUGCUAUCUGGUUUUCAACAACAAAAAUAAGAAUGGGAGAUCAUGUAAGCAUGCAGUGUCAUCAGAGAAGCACUUAAUAAUGCUUGUAUAGUGAAUGUUAAAGUGAAGAACCCAACAGAGAUGCAAAUCAUCCCGUGGUUGGUGGAAUAAUCAUAAUUCAGAUGAAACCCCUAUCACCUCUGGCCACACAGCUUGUUACCACACCGUUGUGUUUGUGAAAUUAUUUAUUUAUCUGCCGUGUGAGAAAGACGGUAAAUGUCUCAUUGUACCAUGUUUGUUUUCCUUUUCUCUCUUUUUUUUGAUGCACAGCAAACAUGCAGCCAUGAUUUUAUUGGGUCCAUUCCAUAUUAAUCCAUCUCUCUCCCUGCGAUGGUCACAGCACGCCAAAAGUGGCAACUUGGAAUUUCGAAUGAAAAUAGGCAAAUAAAAUAGAUCUAUAGUUUAUUUGGAGGGCACAGACUUAGCAUUUGAAGGCUGGUGUAUUUUCGCAACAAUGCUCCUGUGGAAUGAUAAAAAAAAAAAAAAAUAAUUAGAAAAUUAAAAAAAAACAUUUGCUGCUAUAUAUUGUCCUAUACCUUUUCUGUUUGAAAAUGACUUCCUCUUGAUUGAUUCAUUUGUCACUGAGCAGUUUUUCAGUGUUGUCCUGAGAUUUGUUCUUCUUUUCCUCCCCCUCUCUUUCUGUCGUCCCCUGGUCUCAGAUCAGUGGUUGAAAUGGUUUUACUCACCGCCCUAUGGUAGACCAGCCGAACGGCACCCCCGUCACUGAGCCCCAGCCAGGUAGCCAGAGUUUAUGUGAAUGUGUGUGCACGUGUCUCUCUUUCUCUGUGUGUGUGUGUUUGUGUGGUAGUCUGUCUCAGACAGGGUGACGGCUGGUGGCUCUCAUGGUGUGGCAGGUGGUGGCGACGGUGACAGCACUCCAUCCUCUCUGCUGGUGACAGCCAGACGAGAGGUGACGCUGUGGGGUCACCGUCUUAUCGUUCUGCACCACAGUUAAGGGCUAUUCAAAACCAUUACCAUCCCCUUUACCACUCCGUGGUUCAAGCCCAAAUUCAUAAGGUCAAUGUGGACAUGGAGAUGAAUGAGUGACAGAAUAACACUACAGAGAUACAGUGUGUGGCUGUGUUAAAAAAAAAAAGAGAGAGAAAAAAAACUUGUUAUGGGAUGAGUAAAAAUAGCCAUUGAGGACAGCUCAUUUGUCUACAGAUUUUGGCCAAAUUCCUAUAGGAUCCUGUGGCAAAUGGAAUUUUUCUCUGAGUUAUUCUUAUGAUCUCAGCAGGGAAUCUGAGAAAGAGUGUCUAUAAUUUUUGAACGUUUCGGAAAAAGGGAUUGGAAACACAGUGGAGGGAGCUUCCUUGUUCACAUUUCACUCCCCCUGACUUUUACUGAUAGGUGAAUGAAUCAAGAGCAAGUAGUUGCAUGGCCUGAUUCUUGGAGCUUGACAAAUAGGAGAGGAUGGGAUAAAUGUGCUUGUUGUGUCUAAAAAAAAUGUAAAUGCCUUAACCAUGAACAAAAGCAGUCUUCACUUUGCAUUGUCACAUUUUGGAGGUGGUUCAGGAGUGCUGACACUUUACAGACCGUUCUGCUAUACUACUGUGACUGUAUGUGCUAUGUCAUACAGUGAAAGUCCUUCCAAAGCCAAAUAAAGCCAUUUAUUAACCAAC